ACUUUGACCAGACUGUUAUAGCAAUGAAUUUUAUGGUUGGUGUAACUAGACUGUUUAAAGGUUAACACUGAACCUAAAGAUGAGUUCAAAGGGUUUCUGCAAAGGUUUAAAACCACCGGUCGGACACCAGCUUUGAUCUUCGAUCAUCUGAAGGAGUUUAGAGGAGAUACUUUAUACAGUAAGGUGCGCAGGAAUUGUUUUGUGUUCCCUGAUCAUGCAGCCUUUGAUCCGCCGGUACCGUCCGUCAGAUAAAGACACAGUGCGGCGCUUGUUCAGCGCUGGCCUCAUGGAGCACAUCGGCCCAUGUUUUCAGAAUGCUAUGACCAGCCCUCUGUGCUUCACUAUCACCCUGUCUAUAGGGUUGGUUAGUUACCUCCUUGGCUCUUUGAUUAUAGCUUUGCUGCUGCUAGCAGCCUGGGUGAUAUUCAUCUACUGCUGCUGCCAUCAUGUAUAUGCUGGGUAUAUCACCAAGAGACUCCAGACAGACAUGCAAGACAUCGUCGGGAACUACCUAAGCGGACCAGAUGACUGUUUCUGGGUGGCAGAGGCGGAGGUCGAUGGAGCGGCACAGGUUAUAGGGAUGGUGGCUGCGAAGUGUAUAGCGAAUGGGAAUGAGAAAUAUGGUGAAAUGUUCAGAAUGAGUAUCUCACCAAAGUGCAGAGGGAUGGGACUGGGCCGCAGGAUGACUCAGAUUGUGAUUGAUUUCUGUAAGGAGCGAGGCUUCUCCAAAGUAUUGCUGGAGACCAGCUCCACCCAGGUGGCUGCUGUGACUCUGUACAAGAAGCUGGGCUUUAAAGUUUUCUUCUCACACAAAGAUGCACACAUACCUUCGUGUCUGCUUUCCUUGGUCCAAGUCGAAAUUUUGAAAAUGGAAAAGAAAUUAUGAAGCUCCAUUUUGUGCCUUUAUAUCUCUUGAACUCAGCUGUUUUAUUUGUUGACUUUUUAGCAUUAAACACUCUUUACGCUAAGCCCUAACAACAGGAUUUUGGUUGAUCAGGGGCCCAAUGGUAAAACAGGACUGUAUGACACUGUGAUCGAAAGGAAAAUCAUAACAGUAGUUAAUAUUUUGGGGUGUGAGGAGAUACAAUUCCAAUAUUGGACACAAAAACUGUAUCUGUGUGGAGAAAAUAAGUGUUUUUUGCAUUUUGUUUUACAUAAAGGAGAGGAUUUUUUAAAUCAUUUUUUAGUCUGUUGAUGCAUCCAUGUCAUGUUUUCGUUCAUAGAUGUUUAUCAUGUUGGCGAAUACUAUUGUAAUGAUUACAGAUGGUUAUUUCAGAUUAAAUAAAAGUAUAAGUUCUUGUUAUCA